GAAGAGCGCCAGCUGAUGAUUUCCAGAGAAGGGUAAUUGUAACUCCUGUUCCGUUUACUUUACUGGUAUCACCCUAACCACCAAUCACUAAUCAACAGCUCUUCGAUAAAUGCAACACCAACACGUUUCGAUUAUUUUACCCCCUACUCACCAAACCCAAAAGACCCCAGCCGAUGAUUUUACCUGUAACCGUGGUUACUGGUUAGCGUAGAUUCCGAGUCUUGUCAUUGGUUCAGACUGUUCUUUUUAUAAUAAGCAGUAAGUAAAUGCUGAGAUUUUGUAAACAAAUCUCGCUGUUUAGUGUAUCAAGAAAUGUUUCAAGUGGAGAUCGCCAGUAUCCAGUAAAAACAUAAAUGAGAUUACCCCAGAAAAGCGAUAACGCCGAGAACCAGGCUUCCCUGACAUCUUCGGCCCCGCUAGUCGCUAGACACUAACAGAGAGAUUUUAUUUUAACCCCGUAAAUGAAGAAGAUCCCUGUUCCCAUCAUUCUCGGAGUAUCGGAUUUUGUUCGCUGAACAGAACCUCGUUUCUAUUCGUUCCCCCACCCCCUUGCUCUCCUUUUCACCUUCCCUAUAGCCACCUUCCUCUCUCUCUCUCUCUCUCUCUCUCUCUCUCUCUCUCUCUCUGUAUUAACUUACUAUGGUUGGCCUUAUUAUCUUAACCGCCAUUGUUGCCGCGAAAAAACCGCCGGUUUCCAGCUUCAGGAUAUCUUUUACGGUGUUAUAAAACCCACCCUGCUUUUCUUUUUCUCUGUUCACCUUCGAUUCAGAGGUUGUCAGAAAACACCAAUCCUCAUUUUUAAAGCCCUCUCUUUUUCUCUCUUCAACUGAUAGACUCAGAGCUCAAAACCGCUUCUCUUUCUUUUCGCAGGAAAAUUACUCUUUUUUUUUUUUUUGGUCCAGUAAAGCUGCUUGCUUGGAAAUAAAAAAGAGUAUUGAGAAGAAGAAAAUACUUCUUAUUACCCAAAAAAAAUAUAGGGACUACUUCUUUGAGUGAAAAGCCGCAUCCUUCAAGUGUUGUAGUAUCUCUUCUCCGCUCCUCAUUGCUUUUCAGUUCUGUAGAAGCUCUGCAAAUAAGGAUAGAGAAACAAAAUCUUCUUCUUCGUCUUCUUCGGUUGGCUGUAUGCGGCUAAAAACAGUUUUUGACGCUACUGCUUGGUGACGGUGUGUCGUCAACGGCUUUCAGAACUGAAGCGUCUCCUCUUACAGAGAGUCCUUCUCUCUUCUUGUUCUACGACAACUGAAUAAGUUUUCUUUCAUGUAUUCGACAAUGUGAGGAGCCCCACUUAUUGAGAUCCAGUAUUCCUUCCCUUUUUCCUGUUCCUGAGAACAAAGAAGAAGAUUUCAGCUGCUCCAGGAGUCGGUUCAGCGAGGGGAUCCCUCAUUUUGAACGUCUGUUGUGGUACGAGGUGCGUUCGUGCUAAUAGAUCUGUUGAUCCACAUUGCAAAGCCCGCGAUGAAGUGGCACGGUGAUCUUCGAAAGAAACAGGCGGGGAGGGGAUCUUGCCGUGGAAGCUAGGAAUUGUUGUCUGAGCUCUAUUUAUCGAUCGAUCUGACUUGUGUGAGUCUUGAACCAGAGCAGAGAUGGGAUCCCUCCUCAUCAAAGAGGAACUUAAGACUCUCUGCAGCAGCAAUGGAUGGUCAUAUGGAGUCUUCUGGCGCAUGAAUCGUCCAAAUUCCAUGUUAUUGACCGUGGAAGACUCCUACUUUGAAGAACCUAUUAGCAUGGUUGUUGACAAGAUGCUUCAACAGGUCCACAUGCUGGGACAGGGCAUCAUUGGAGAAACUGCUUUUACUGGGAAGCACCGAUGGUUGUUCUCAGAUACUUACUUUGAAGAAUGGGGUUACCCGGGAUCUGUUGACAACGAAAACACAUUCCAGGAUAAUUCAGAGUUUCAUCAUCAAUUUUCUUCUGGAAUAAAGACAAUUGCUGUAGUUUCUGUGGCACCACUGGGGGUUUUGCAGUUUGGAUCCAUGGAGAAGCAGAUUCUGGAGAGUUUGGAAUUUGUGGAUCAUGCACAAAGUUUAUUUCGCCAGUUGGGAAGUCAUGAUGGGCUAAUCCUGUCAGGAAGUUCAUGGACACCUUUGAACAGUGAAAUUUGUGAUCAAAGUGGAUCAUUUGCAUCAGUAGUUUUGCCUGGGAAUUCCUUUCCCAAUUCUGAGAACAUGAAUUCCUUGCUUGUUGAUAACAGCUGCAAAAGGCUGACACAAACAAAUUCUUUAGAAAUCCUUCCUCAGUCUACCUCAUUUACCUCAGAGAUGCAGAAUGGCAGCAUGACUACCUUGAUUGGCAACUCAUUUCAUCCCAAAAACAAAUUUCAGGUGGCAGGCCCUGAAGCUCAAGUGACAUUAUCAACUAGUACACAUUUAACUCAGGCCUUGUUGCAGUCUACUAACAAUUCUGCUCACAAUUCUAUACCCCAAAACACCAAUACAAGUAUAUGGAGUGAAGAAAAUCCAACCAUGCCUUCAUUUGAACAACAAAUGCUAACAGGAACGGGGAUGCAUGGUUCUCCAAAAAUGUCUUCUGCAAACCUGAACAUUCCUGAAUCUUGCAGCGCAAAUACAACACCUAAAUCAGUAUCUGGCUUGGAUUCGCAUGAGAUCAACAGACCUAUUGGGAGUGAUAGAAUGAAACUGGUAGAUAUCCGGUAUCCAAUUCCCUUGUCCCUUGCAACUGAAGGUGAAAUUAAAAAAGCAUUGACCAGUUUUCUUACAUUCCCUGUGGAGUCCUUUCCUUCAAAUGCUGCAACAGUUCUCUCUGAACACAAUUUAAUAGAUAAUCCUCAGUGGGUUGCUCCACCAUCAGAGCAGACCAAUAAUGAAUUGGCUACAAAACCAAAUGACAAUCUGUCACAAUCUCUAGGACUUGUUUCAGUAGAAACUGGCUUUUCUGGAAGUAAUGUUUUGGAUGGUGUUGCAAACCACCAUGUUGAUGCAAUUAUGAUCAAUCCUAUGACCAAAAUUAUGAAUUCUACUGCUGCAGUUCAUAAUGGGAAAGAGCAUUCUUGUAACCUUCCAUUGCGAAUACCUACUGAUAAUGAACUUUUUGAUAGUCUUGGAUUGAAUUUUGGGUACUACCAGGGGAAUGAGUGUUGGGAUGAUAUUAUAAUGCCACCAGAAAGUAGUGGUUGCUCAAGCUUAAGUACUAUUAUAUCUGAAUGCAUCUCAGAAUUAGAUGUUGGCUCCAAGACUGGUGCUCGGAAAAGUUUCUUCUCAGAGUUUGGAAUUGAACAGCUGUUGAAUGAUGUUUGUAAUUCUAACUCUGUUGUCAAGCCUAGUACUGAAAAUCCAUCAUCCACAUCUACAGUAACAAGAACAGGCAGUACCUCUGGGUAUAGUAAUCAAGUUCAGCUGGCAGGACUUUCUUGCUUGGGAGGAAGUAUGGAUGUGAUGCUUCCUGAACCAGAAUCUACUCUUGAGAGGAUGAAAAUACAUGGAAGUGAGAAAGAACCAGUCUCAAAGCCUCAAGUUGGUCGUUGGAUUGAUGACAGUUACAGUAUCAACACUGAGAGUGCUGUUAAUCAGACUAAGAGGCCAGAGGAACCAGCAAAAGUUACCAGAAAAAGAGCUCGGCCUGGGGAAACUACUCGACCAAGGCCAAAAGACCGCCAACAGAUCCAGGACCGUGUGAAGGAGCUGAGAGAGAUUGUGCCAAAUGGAGCAAAGUGUAGCAUUGAUGCUUUAUUGGAUCGUACUAUCAAGCACAUGCUCUUCUUGCAAAGUGUGACAAAAUAUGCUGACAAACUUAAAAAAGUUGAUGAGCCCAAGAUGAUUGGGGAGGAAAAUGGUGUGGUUCUGAAAGACAACUCAAGUGGCAGUGGUGGUGGCACUACUUGGGCAUUUGAAGUUGGGGGUCAAACCAUGGUCUGUCCAAUUAUAGUUGAGGACCUCAGUCCCCCUGGCCAGAUGCUUGUAGAGAUGCUCUGUGAAGAACGGGGUUUAUUUCUUGAGAUAGCAGAUAUAAUUCGUGGGUUUGGAUUGACAAUCUUGAAGGGAGUAAUGGAAGCACGGGAUGACAAAAUAUGGGCGCGAUUUGUUGUUGAGGCAAACAGGGAUGUAACCAGAAUGGAUAUAUUUCUUUCUCUUGUUCAGCUCCUACAGCAAACAACCACCGGUGGGAUUGGUCCAAGUAAGGUCAUUGACAUUGGGGUUCCACCGUUUACCAAUUAUCAGCAAACUCCCAUGCCUCUUCCAAUCAGUUUGGUGGAUAGAAUGCAGUGAAAUUAGAACAAACCAUCCGGAGAUGCCUUGAGCAGUCAUGCAUUGACUGCUGUGAUUGGCAUUCAGCCAAAUGACCUAGCUUAAAUAAUCGCCACCAAGCUUUCAGAUUAAUUGGAAAUCCUCUUUGUUAAACAAGGGAAAUGUAUAAUGGGAGUUCUAUUUUCUCAUUGUGUUCAAAGCAUGUGGUGGAGAUUGGGGUUGAAUGGGGAUGCAUGUGCAUGUUGCUUAUAGGAUGGAAAUUUUCUUUGAGAUGAAGGGCUGGCUCUUUUCUUUUGGACAUUUUUUCCCUUGAGAACAGGUGACGGACAAAAGAUCCAUGUGAAAGGUUGUUCUUAGAAGUUAGAAUGAGCCCUGUGAAAGGUUUUGAAGCUAGUUUUGGCUUUGAGGGGAUUUGACUCAUUUGAUGGGGUUCAUGUUGGGAUCAAUAGAGAUGGAACGACGGGAGGAGAGAUGUAUGAUGAUGUGAAGGAUGGCUUUUCUUUUUGUUCUUCUCAUUGCCUUUGUAUUCAUAUAUCUUCUUAAAUUGAAAUAUCUCUCUCUCUCUCUCUCUCUCCCUCCUGUUGGAAGCCAAAAUUGGGUGAUCGUGGGACAUGUAGAAAGGUUGUGUUAAAAAGGAUUUCUUUUUAGAUACUGCAAUACCAUCUAGACAUUUUAUUUCAA